GCGGUAGCGGCGCGGAUGUGCGCGCGCUCCGAGGCCGUGGAGCUGGAGGUGCUGGGCGCGGAGGGCGGCGAGCCGCGCGUGCCGCCGCGCCCGCUGCGCCUGUCCCUCCUCGAGCUGCUGGGCAAGCUGGUGCGCCGCGACCAGCCCGCCCCGUCGCAUCGCCGCGCUAGGCACAAUCAUCGUUUUCGUACUUUCGUCUCUUGUGAGAAUGAACGGAGAAUCAAAGCGAACAACAGGGAAUACAACGCGCAGUUCCGUUACGCCAGCAAUUUCAUCAAAACAUCGAAGUAUUCGAUCAUAACGUUCCUGCCGCUGAAUCUGUUGGAGCAGUUCCAGCGGCUAGCGAACUUCUACUUCUUGUGCCUGCUGGUGCUGCAGCUGAUCCCGGCCAUCUCCUCGCUGACGCCCAUCACCACUGCGAUACCACUCAUUGGCGUACUCGCGCUCACUGCCGUCAAAGACGCAUACGACGACUUUCAACGUCAUCAGAACGAUUCGCAAGUAAACCACCGGCGUGCUAAAACACUUCGCAAUGGCAAGCUUGUGGAGGAGAAGUGGGCGUCUGUUCAGGUGGGAGACGUCAUCCGGCUGGAGAACGACCAGUUCGUCGCGGCGGACAUUUUGCUCCUCAGCAGCUCGGAGCCCAACGGUCUCUGUUACAUAGAGACUGCCGAGUUAGAUGGGGAGACGAAUUUAAAAUGUCGUCAGUGCCUUUUAGAGACGGCCGCAAUGGGGCAGGACGACGCACAACUGGGCGCUUUCGACGGUGAGAUCGUCUGCGAAACGCCCAACAAUCUACUUAAUAAGUUUGAUGGUACGCUAAGCUGGCGCAACCAGCAUUUCUCCCUGGACAACGACAAGAUCCUGCUCCGAGGCUGCGUACUCCGCAAUACGCAGUGGUGCUAUGGCGUUGUCGUGUUCGCCGGGAAGGACACCAAGCUCAUGCAGAACUCCGGCAAGACCAAAUUCAAGCGCACCAGCAUAGAUAGGCUACUUAAUUUUCUUAUUAUAGGGAUAGUAUUCUUCCUGCUGUCGAUGUGCGUGUUCUGCACGGUGGCGUGCGGGGUGUGGGAGUGGCUGGUGGGGCGCUACUUCCAGGCGUUCCUGCCGUGGGACACGCUGGUGCCGGCCGAGCCCACGUGGGGCGCGCUCGUCAUCGCGCUGCUCGUCUUCUUCUCCUACGCCAUCGUCAUGAACACUGUCGUGCCUAUAUCGCUCUAUGUCUCUGUUGAGGUAAUAAGGUUUGCCCAAAGUUUCCUUAUAAACUGGGAUGAGAAAAUGUAUUACGAAAAGACUGGGACAGCGGCAAAGGCGCGGACGACCACAUUGAAUGAGGAACUCGGCCAGAUCCAGUACAUAUUCUCAGACAAAACGGGUACUCUCACACAGAACAUAAUGACGUUCAACAAGUGCUCGAUAGCAGGCGUCUGCUAUGGAGACGUCGUCGAUGAAACCACCGGUGAAACCAUAGAGCUCGCCGAGAGUUCUGAACCGUUGGACUUUUCGUUCAACCCUGAGUACGAGCCGGAGUUCAAGUUCUUCGAUGGCACGCUGCUGGACGCGGUCAAGAGGGGCGAUAAGAACGUGCAUGAUUUCUUUCGUCUGCUAGCACUGUGUCAUACGGUCAUGCCCGAUCAGAAGAAUGGUCGGCUAGAAUACCAGGCGCAAUCGCCCGACGAGUCCGCGCUGGUAUCCGCAGCCAGAAAUUUUGGUUUCGUGUUCAGAGAACGCUCGCCUAAUAGUAUUACAAUAGAAGUAAUGGGUAAAACAGAGGUGUAUGAAUUGUUAUGUAUAUUAGAUUUUAAUAAUGUUAGGAAAAGAAUGUCCGUGAUAUUGAGGAAGGAUGGUGAAAUUAGGUUAUAUACAAAAGGUGCUGAUAAUGUAAUAUAUGACAGAUUAAAAAGUGGUAACCAAACAGAAGUGAAGUCUAAGACGCAGGAACAUUUAAAUAAAUUCGCCGGCGAAGGUCUCCGGACGCUGGCGCUAGCGUGGCGGCCGCUGGAGGAGCGCUACUUCUCGGAGUGGAAGCGUCGCCACCAGGCCGCCGCGCUAGCGCUGCACGACCGCGACGAACAGCUCGACGCCAUCUACGAGGAGAUCGAGACUGACCUGCUGCUCAUGGGAGUGACAGCAAUCGAAGACAAAUUACAAGACGGUGUACCAGAAACUAUAGCGAAUCUCAGUAUGGCCGGCAUUAAAGUGUGGGUCUUAACGGGUGAUAAACAAGAAACAGCAAUAAACAUCGGCUACUCGUGCCAAUUGCUAACGGAUGAUAUGGCGGAGGUGUUCGUGAUCGACGGAGUAUCAUACGACGACGUAGAUCGACAGCUCGCCAAGUGUAGGGACAGCAUAAGAGUUGUCAACACAUUUUUACCUCAUGGUCCAGCGGAGGCGAGUUCGUCGGAAGGCGGGCGGGCGGCGGGCGCGGCGAACGGCGGCGUGUCCCGCGCGUCGCCGGGCCGCGCCAACGUCAAGCUCAACGCGCCCGCCGUCUCCGUCGUCACAUUUAGGUGGGAACAUAACACUCACACAGCACACAGCAACGAGUACGUGUCGGGCGGCGCGUACGCGGACGCUCACGACCACGCGGAUGACUCCAACGGCUUCGCCAUCGUCAUCAACGGACACUCGCUCGUACACUGCCUGCAUCCUAAGCUGGAGGAGAAGUUUUUAGACGUAGUGAUACAGUGUCGGUCAGUAAUCUGCUGCCGCGUGACACCGCUGCAGAAGGCGAUGGUGGUCGAGCUCAUCAAGAAGAGCCGGAAAGCCGUCACGCUCGCCAUCGGAGACGGCGCCAAUGAUGUCUCUAUGAUCAAAGCGGCCCACAUAGGCGUGGGUAUCUCAGGCCAGGAAGGCAUGCAAGCGGUGCUCGCGUCCGACUACUCGAUAGCGCAGUUCCGAUUCCUGCAGCGCCUGCUACUGGUGCACGGUCGCUGGUCCUACUACAGGAUGUGCAAGUUCCUGCGAUACUUCUUCUAUAAGAACUUCGCUUUUACCGUCUGUCACUUCUGGUUCGCGUUCUUUUGUGGAUUCAGUGCGCAGACGGUGUUCGACGAGAUGUUCAUCUCCGUAUACAACCUGUUCUACACAUCGCUGCCGGUGCUGGCACUGGGCGUCUUCGAGCAGGACGUGGCGGACGCGACGUCGCUGCAGUUCCCCAAGCUGUACGCGCCCGGACACACCAGCCAGCUCUUCAACAAGACCGAGUUCAUCAAGUCCACGCUGCACGGCUGUUUUACCUCGCUCGUGCUCUUUCUCAUACCUUAUGGUACUUACAAAGACGGCCUGGCGCCCGAUGGCAAGAUUUUAUCAGAUCACAUGUUAUUAGGAAGUGUAGUAGCAACAAUAUUAAUUAUAGACAAUACAACACAGAUAGCCUUGGACACGACGUACUGGACGGUGUUCAACCAUAUAACGAUAUGGGGCUCUCUGGUGUCGUACUUCGUGUUGGAUUACUUCUACAACUACGCGAUCGGCGGGCCGUACGUGGGCUCCCUGACCGUGGCGCUGACGCAGGCCACGUUCUGGUUCACGGCCGUGCUGACCAUGAUCAUCCUCAUGGUGCCCGUGGUGUCGUGGCGCCUCGCCUGCUCCGUCACGCGGCCCACGCUGGCGGAGCGGCUCCGCGCGCGGCAGCGCUGGCGGGCGGCCGCGCCGGCCCCGCGCACACCGUCCGCGCGGAGGGCCCGCCGGUCCGUGCGGUCGGGCUACGCCUUCGCGCACCAGGAGGGCUUCGGGCGCCUCAUCACGUCGGGCAAGAUCAUGCGGCGCAUCCCGCACGCCGACGCGGCGCUGUCGGCGCUGGCGUCGCUGCCGGGCAAGUUCCACGCGCGGCCGCCGUCGCCGCCCGCGUCGCCGGCCGAGCCGCGGGCGCCGACGCAGAACUUGGCCACGGUGGACUUAUGAGUGGCGCCGGCGCCUCGCGCGCCCCACAUUGUGAUAACGUCGGUAGAGUUAAACUUCGUAUUGUCCUACUAUUGCCUAUAUUGAAUUAUAUUUGUUGAUCGAGAUUAUAUAUUGAUAGAUAUUUAUCGCGGCCCGCGCCGCGUCGCGCGGGCGGCGCUGAGCCGUUGUUUUGUACUCGUGUCGUUUCGUUCGUUGAGUUAGUCGGUCGGAGUCCGGCCGCCCGGGCCCGGGAAAUGUGCAUUUAGACGAGCCGUCGAUAUCGCCGGCAGUGAAAACGCGACAUGGAUGGACUUUUAUGUUUUCAAAUUGUUAUGUUAGUGCCAAAGGAGAAUAUCAAAAGUAAACAGCAAUUGAACUUUCUACAAAUAUAUAAUGUCAUUAUGUCUUAAUAAUUCGAAAACAAUGUACCUACUAUAUUAACUUUGCCAUAAUCUAAUUGAAACCCGGCGAUGUUACUGUAUUGCCGCCUAUUUAAUUGUUAUGAGAAUGUCAGUUCUGAUUGUUAUGUACUUAGGACAUCUUACAUAAAGUAUUAAUUUAAUUAAAAAGAUGAUAUGAACCUACGUAAUGUAUGUAAAUCAUUUAAAAUAUUUAAAACAUGUAGCGUUUUAACUGCAUGUGAAUAUUAUGAUCAACAUUUGCUUUGGAAUCAGUUUUUUAAUAAAAAAAAUAAUAAUUCUUAA